AUGGAAGGAGAAGGCCAUAAAGACAUCACCACAAGCAACCGCUGGGGCAUCGAUCUGGCCAAUGCAAAUCGAAUCGAACAGAUCCAAGCGCAAAUCGCAAGUUAUUGCUCCAAAAAGAAAGUACUUAGUUCUUUGGUCCCCGACGCUUUGGUGAUUUGGAAUAUCCACAGGGUCCGACUGGUAAGAGCAAACUGGGACCCCACAACCGGAUGUAUGGACCCCUUGAUGGAACGCAUGGAUACUAAGAAUUAG